CCAGCUACCGGCUACUUAUUAAACGCUAAUUGUCGGUCCUUGUGAACUCAGGAUAAUUUCUAAGGUGGAUUCGUCAUUUCAGAUAUUCCUCCUCCCGCAAAUAUUUCUAUUUGCAGCGCCACGCGCACUUAACGCACGGCUGCAGAAAGUUGCAUCUAUGUUGAUAAAUCUAGGGGUGCAUCGUGACAUUAUGCUGCGUGGUUGCGUUCAGACAUUAACCUCAUUAAAUGCAAUAAAUUGCCAGUGUUAAAGAAGCGCCGUAAACGCGUCCCUGCCAAAAUGCGGGUCUCGUCCGGCUGUUUGGCUGAAUCAGAAUUUUUCGGGCAGCCGCUGCGCAGCUACACCGCUGAUGCUUUGUGUUUAAUCUCCUGUGUACCUGUGGGAAUCUGACCGGAUAGGAGUCCUUCGGUCGAGCAGCAGACUCAGUCACUAGGUUGGUGUUUUAGUUUUUUUCUUCUCCUUCCUCUUCUUCUUUUUCGGUUUGUUGAAAUCGUUUAGGUGCAUCGCUGCCAGCGGGAUAAACCUAUAGACGCGCUGGGAUCAGCACCACGACUCGGAACAGCUCCGUUCUUUCCCCCCCUCCUUUGGCGUGCUGCGGUCCGUCUGGAUGGGCGCUUUUUGCCUCCGUCUCUGACUGCUGCUGAAACUACUGCGACUAUUUCCGAUGGCAUCGCACGGGUUUUGGUCUCUUAGACCUGACGACUCGUCUGAUAACAGCAGCCAGGUCCCCAAUGCGACAAGAGCAUGGUGUCAGGCGGCUGCGCAGAAAUUCACCGGCGGCAUUGGGUCGAAGUUGUGUGCCCUGCUCAACGUUGGAGAGAGCGACAAGUCGGCCGAAUCACCCGCCAAAGAAGCCCAGUCCGGUGUAGAAACGUGCGGCUGCAACCAGCCAUGCAACUGUUCGAGAACAAACCAGGGAUUCUCCGAUCUGUAUUCAACAGAUUUACUGCCCGCGACGAAUGGGGACAUGAAGACAAUGACCUUCUUGCAAGAAGUUGUGGACAUUUUGUUGUCGUAUAUACUGGAGUCGUUUGACAGGUCAACGAAAGUAAUAGAUUUUCAUUACCCAAAUGAAUUGCUUCAGACCAACAACUGGGAGCUUUCGGACGAGCCGGAAACACUGGAUGAAAUCCUGCUGAGCUGCCGCGCGACGCUGAAAUAUGCCAUCAAGACAGGUCUGGAGGAUGUUCACAUGAGGGAUGUGACUAGAUGUCCAGCUGAAGGUUCUUCGUUUGAAAUCUUCUGA